AUGCCACCUAAACGUCGGCGCUCAGGCGCAAGCAACAACAGACACCCUCCUUCAAAAAGAACUCGAACAAUCGCUCCCAAUAACCGUCUAUCCUCCCUCUCCUCUGAGCUCAUUAUCCGCAUCCUCCACCACCUCCCACUAGAGACUCUCCUUAUAUGCCAAACCCUCUCACACAGAUUCUACACCUUAACCUCUGAUUCCCAAAUAUGGAAAUCUCUCUACUACACCCGCUUCGUUCUUCCUCGCGCGCUUAGAAUUCCCGGUAUCAAAUCCAAUGCGCCAUCCUACUCAAGUCGCCUGAGUAAAUGGCUGGAUGACGAGGUGCUGGUUAAUAGGAAAGACGGGAAUAAGACGCAAUGGAAGGGGCAAUAUAAGUUGAGACACAAUUGGAGUCGGGGUGCUUGUGAAGUGAAGGAGAUUAAAGUUAGUGAGACGCCGUCGGUACCUGGGAUGUUGGUUAAGCUUGCGGAGGGGGUGGUGAUUACGGUUGAGAAAGAGGAUGGGUUGAGGGCCAGGGAUUUGAAGGGGAAGGAGAUUGCUGCUUGUGGUUUGGUGGGGGUGCCGACUUGUGUUGCGAUUGAUGAGGGUGAUGUGAGGAAAGGGCUGGGAAUUGCGAUUGGGUUCCAAGACGGGGGAUGGGGUUCUUGGAGAUUGGAUGUUGGGAGGAAGGUUUUUGAAAGGGUUUAUCGACAUCCGGGGGGUAGUAAUGGGAUGUUGAACGCGAUUGCUUUUACCAAUCCUUAUGUUCUUACGAUUACCGAUUCCCAGCUGUUAUCACUUUACACGUUUACACCUAUCCCGAAAUCAAAAGAUUUAUCAGAAGACCUCAUUUCAGAAUCAACAACACCGGACUCAGAGACAAAGACUACCACGAAUUCAAAGAAUUUAUCAAGAAAUACAACAUUAGAAUCUACAAAAUCAGAUUCAGAACCAAAUAAGCAAAUCCCCAUCUCAAACCCCUCACAAACCCCCCACCUCCUCGCCUCCCUAAAAUCACACACCAGCAANGAACCAAAUAAGCAAAUCCCCAUCUCAAACCCCUCACAAACCCCCCACCUCCUCGCCUCCCUAAAAUCACACACCAGCAAAACCCCCCUCAGCCUCUCAAUCCGCCCCACCCUCACAACAAUAAUAGCAAGCAUCGCCUACACCCUCCCCACCCUGCACCACGGAACCCUGAUAGGACUCCAAGAACUCCACAUCUCCCCCCUCUCAGGAACAAUAACCUCCUCACGCCUCACAUCCGCACUCCCCGGUCCGCGACCCUGGAUCCCCUACACCCACUUCCCAUCUUCCGUCCAAUACCCCAUGAACUCCAUCCGCUCCAUCUCCUCACUUUCCUACUCACACCCCUAUAUCCUCGCCACACACGCGGAUAACACACUUUCCCUCUAUUUAUGUACCUCCACGCGCGAGAAACUGGAGGUUGGGGAGGGGACGAGGUUAUUUGGUCAUACGUCUUCUGUUGCGUCGGCGGAGAUUACGAGUCGUGGGAAGGCGGUGAGUGUUAGUACCCAAGGUGAUGAGUUGAGGGUUUGGAGUCUUGAGGGGGGGUUCUCGACGAAGGGGCCGAGGGGUGGGAGUAUACGGAUUUUGAAGAAUAGGGAUGGAGAUUCAGAGAUGAGGCGUUGUGUGGAAAGGGAUAUGUAUGAUAUGAGAUACCAGGGAGUUGGCGAUGGGAAGGAGAAUCGGUGGACGAGUACCUGGCUGGGAUUUGAUGAUGAGGUUGUGGUUGUGCUUAGAGGUGAGGAGGGGGGUGGACAGGCGGUUGUGGUUUAUGAUUUUACGUAG